CAACCUCAGCGGUGGCAGGCGAGGGCGAUAAUUUAUAACAGCAGGGUACGGAACCGAGCAGGCGGAUAAGACAGUGUGUCGCCCGUUGUUGUUAUCGCCUUAUUAUUCGGUAACGUAGUGAUGCGAUGUGAGAACCCUGCUAGGCUUGGACAGCACCGUUGAACUGGUUAAACCGACCGUGGACUUGCCAGCCGCAAAGACUUGACUGACUUCAAAUAAAAAAACAACAACCCUGCGAUGCUUUUACAUUUCCCAGUGUCCUGAUAAUUGCAGACUUCAACCCAAAGCAACAUCUCUUCGUUGAGCUACGACUGGGAGUCACAAAUAUAUAGGCUUCAAACUCCAGCUCAGCAAACAGUAUAUCCAACCAUUAUCAUCUACCAGCUGUUGGAGAAAGCCGAUUGUAGCCCGGCCCAUCUCAACACACAGCCAACACAAGCUAGCAGGAGGCUGGCAGUCUGGAAACCGAUUUUCUAUUAAACCUGUGCCAUGAUAUCAAACCGUGGGGAGACUUAAGCGCUGUACUAGUCACCGUUAUCAGACAUCAUGUCUUCCAGGGAGCGUCGGUCAGACGUCUACAUAAAGGCAGAACCCAGCAGUCCAGAGGGAGGUGGGGGAGGUCGAAACAGCCCUGGCGGGGCUUCUUCGGACUCCUCUCAAAGUGGAGGAGGAGGAAUCAGAGGAGACAGCGUUAAACGCUACUCCCCACCACUCUACACACCGGCUCUGCGUUGCCACUUCAAAGACGAGGGUGGUGACGGGGCAGAGGAGGGCUCCACUGGAAACGGAGCAGGGCGAUGCAAGUACGCCCUGAGCACGCUACCGAAGAGGCUGUGUUUAGUAUGUGGAGAUGUGGCCUCAGGUUACCAUUACGGCGUGGCGUCAUGUGAGGCCUGCAAAGCAUUCUUCAAGAGAACCAUCCAAGGUGUGUGUCGUGGUAACAUUGAAUACAGCUGUCCAGCAUCGAAUGAGUGCGAGAUCACCAAGAGGCGCAGAAAGGCUUGUCAGGCAUGCCGCUUCACCAAGUGCCUUAAAGUAGGCAUGCUGAAAGAGGGAGUUCGUCUUGACAGGGUCAGAGGUGGAAGGCAGAAGUACAAAAGACGCCCAGAAGUGGAGAAUGCAACAUACCAGAGUGCCCCCCUACCACUGACAAAGGAGAGUGAAAAAGGUUCCUCCAACAUCAUUGUGUCCCACCUUCUAGUGGCAGAGCCAGAAAAGUUAUUUGCCAUGCCUGACCCUCUGCAGCCCGACACAGCCCAGCGCACGCUCACCACCCUUUGUGACCUUGCUGACCGAGAGCUGGUCGUCAUCAUUGGCUGGGCCAAACACAUUCCUGGCUUUCUGUCGCUGUCCCUAGCAGACCAGAUGUCCGUGCUGCAGUCGGUGUGGCUGGAGGUGCUGGUGCUCGGUGUGGCGUACCGCUCGCUUGGCUGUGAGGACGAGGUGGUGUUCGCGGAGGAUUUUGUCCUUGAUGAGGAGAUGUCACGUGUUGCUGGACUGACGGAGCUAAAUGGAGCAAUUAGUCAACUUGCUCGCCGUUUCCGGGCACUAAACGUGGACCGGGAGGAAUUUGUCAUGCUAAAAGCCAUCGCACUCACUAACUCAGACUCUGUUUACAUCGAGGACAUGGAGGCUGUGCAGAAGCUGCGGGACCUCCUCCACCAGGCCCUGCUGGAGCUGGAAUGUCAGCGGCACCCAGACGAACCCCAGCGGGCAGGACGCCUCCUUUUAACAUUGCCUCUCCUCCGACAGACUGCUGGUCGCGCCCUUACCACCUUCUACAGCAUCAAGACCCGUGGUGGUGUACCCAUGCACAAACUAUUCCUGGAGAUGCUGGAAGCCAUGAUGGACUCUCCUUAGAGCAGAGCGCAGCAGUAAAUAGGAUGCAGAGAAAGACCCAACAAAGAUCUAGUCUUCAAGAAUGGAUGAGUGGUUUGUGAGAAAUGAAAGAUUUUAUUAGAGAAUUAUUAAUGAGGAAAAUGGUACUUUCCCCCCUUUCCCUUAGGCUACAUGAAGAAAGGAAAAGAAUAUGAGAAAAUAAAAAAACUCAUGCAUUCAUGCCCCUAAGUGGGAGUUGGUUAUUUACAGUAAGAUGCCAGUCAAAGGCUUUUAAGGCAUUUAACGUGAACUAUUGUCAUGGUUUGUUCCAUCACAGCAUUGAUCUGCAUCCGCAUACCACUGAAGAACAACAUCUAGGUACCUGAUAACAGACUGCAAACAUGUGGCUUUUGAACUUUUAAAAAAUAAUGCAGCAUCUACUCAUGAAAGCCAUAAUAACAUAUCCGGCAAAAGACUUUGAGGGUCCAGUAUAGGGUGAGAUUGACAUGCACAUGGAGUGCUUGUAUUUAAUAUAGUUUAGUGUGCCGUUGUAGGCAAAUUCAUAGGAAUUACUUGCAAUAUGUUAAAAGCAAUAUUAUGACUCGAUUAUUGUCUGUCACAUUUAAAAUGUGGAUAAAACGGUGAGACAUAGUGUGUGUGUGUGUGUAUAUCAGUAGUUCUCCACUCUCCGGACCCUGAGUGCUGGUUUUUGAAAUUCUAGCUGCUCGUUUGUGUCGGGGAUGCCUGGUAAAAGAGAAAACCACCAGCACUUUGGGGGUUCAAUAUUGGAGUUGGGAACCACUGAUGUACUUAUUAGGUGCAGGAUUCUUUAUGAAAGGUUGUGCAAUUAAUUUGUAGUUCAGGUGAAGUGCAUAUGAUUGAUUGUGUGCUCACAGAACGCUCUACUGGGAAGGUUAUAUAUUCGGUGUAUUAUCCUAUUGGCACACAAAAAACUGGUUUCCAUACAAGCAAGCGUGUGCGUUUCGGUCUAAACCAAUGAGCUACACUGACAUCAGGGAAGGCACAACUCUUAAAGACAUUAAAGCGUGGCAGCAACAGUGGUUAGAAAGGAAAUGCAUAUGCCUCAUCUGCUUUUUUUUUAAAUAAUACAAUCCUCCUUCACUAGAUCUAACCACAAUUUUUGACUUCAGCAGCCGUGCUGUUCAAAAAUAACGGUCUGACCUAUACUGUCUGACACUAACCCUUCUGACUGAUAGGUGUAUGAGAAGUUGCUGCAUUUUCUGCAGUCGUGAAGAACUUUGCAUAAAAGAUCUCAAUUGUUUUAUUGAGAGAUCCCUCUGUGCACGUACAUCUGUUAAACAUUAACUUGCAAGUGCCCGCAAUGGGCUCAGGACAACAAGAAAUGCAACACAUGCAACAUCCUCCUUUUGAAACUUUGUCUGGCAACAUCCUGAAAGUCCUACUCAUUGUUCAGCAGGUUUGUAUACUUACAAUAGAAAUGAUCACUAUAGUAAGCUUCACAUGCAAUGCAAAGCUACGGUAUCUGAGGUCAAAAUCAGAUAUCAUAUUUAGUGGCCAUGUACAGUACCAUUUUAAAUAAACAGAAACAUGCAAUUUACAGUGGACGAUAAUAAAGCCAGCAAAUGUGAUACAAAUCCCCCAUUACAAUUAUAUUUGUGCCGCUUACAAUGUUCUGAAAUUUGUAAAGACUUGAAACUUGCUUUUUCAUACAUUUUCCUUUCUAGGAUUUAAGGGUAUUUUAUUUACAUUGUGACACAGUUGUGGGUUUGGUAUUAAAAUGAAGCUUUCCAUUCAGGAUAUAAUGAAUACUAAUUGUUUUUUUGUUUUUGUAAUGUAAGCAGUUGUGUGUUUUCUGAAGCUGUCAUUUUAGGGAUCAAAUUACAUGGCUCUAUAGAUAUAGCGGCACGGCGAGGCUACAGAGGGCUACCUCAGGAGGAAGCGUAAAGUCAGAUGGCCAACUAACGGCGGAGACUAAUGUAAUUCUUGAUCUUUUGAUUUGUCAACUUAAAUUUGAACAUUUGGUUUAUUGAAUGUCUUUGAGGUCGCGAAAAUGCCUGAGAUUGUUUCUUUGUUUUCAUAACUUUAAGGUGUAUAUGGCUCAUUAAUCAUGCUUUUUACAUGCCCCAUGAUACGCAAUGUCUCAGCCUAAAGUUGGUACGGUGUCACAGGAAUAAUGGUGCAGCUCAAACACUGGAGGUCAUUUCAGCAGUUAAAAUGGAAAACAGUUCAACUUGUAACAAAGCUGUUAUAAGCUAGCGUUGUGGAGCAGGGACUCUGAACACCUAAUUGGUUUUGUGUUCAUAAAUUACAGCUUACUGUCAUCUAGCAAACAAAUACAUAUAGAUGCCUGGGUCGAAUUAGAGCUGUGGAGGUUUCUUCAAAUGAAUAACUGUCAUUUACACAAUGGUCCAUUUUUUUCAUUUGCAUACAAAUGUUUAAGGUACAGUGGAUUAGGGUGAAGGCAGGGUCAUGUGCAGUGUCACUGUUAAAAUUAUACAGUCAUUUGUAGUUUUAUUAAAUAUGUGCGCAUUAAUAUAAAUGAGCAAUACAAUAAAUUACCAAACCUCACACAUUUCCUUGUAUAGCCACAGUGUACAUUUAACAUUGCCAGUUAUGAAGAAUAGCUACUAAACGUUAUAUUAUUUAGAAGUUCAAAUCAAUGUUUGUAUUUUGAAAGACUAUUUAAAUGAUUAAAUUCUAUUUUUUACUCAAUUUAC